UCAACCCGCUCUAGGCAACCUUCUCCUUCCCUGAUUCCCAAAAAGGACACCGAGCGUAAAGUGCGCGGAGGUGUGGCUCGGUUCGGAUGACAUCAGCUCCUGUUGGGUACGUGCGCGCAGCGGCGCCAGAGCCAGUUCGGCUCCAGGAGGACCGGGGGCUGCAGCCACCAUGAAGGCUGAGGAGAUGUCUGAGCGGAACCUGCAGCGCAGUCCGGCGCGGAGCUGAUCCCGGACUCUGGCGGCGCGGAGUGGACCUGGUUCUGUCUGAAGUUUCGUUUGGCCCUUCUUGCAUAUCGUUCUGUGGAGAAGACCCGGAGCUCUGUUGGGGGAUCGGUGGCGGUCCGAACCGGACAGGUGGGAUGGAUCCCUCCGGCUGGCUCCUGCUGUUUCUCUCUGUGGUUCUCUGGAUCCAGGACGGGAUGUGCCAACAUCUGAACCACUUCAUCCGGCCUAUCCCGAGUGACUCUAUGCCCCUUGAGGUCCUGAAGGAGGAACCGGACCCGCUGCUGGACCCAAAGGAGAAAGACCUGAACGGGACGGAGCUCAGGAGCCUCCUGGGCAGUCACUUCAACCCGGACUUCAUGUCCGUGUCCCCACCGGAGGACCUUUACGAGGACGAGCCGGACCAGUGCCUAAAGUUCUCCGGGCCGAUGCCCAAAGAGAUCCGAACCAUGGAGCUGGAGGCGCUGUUCGGAAAGACGCAGAAGGUGAACCGGAAGCUGCGCAGGAUGCUGUGGGCCUACACGCAUUGUCCGGUCGUUUACGCGUGGACCGAGCUGGGCUGGCGGUUCUGGCCGCGUUACCUGAAGGCGGGCAGCUGCUACAGCAAGCGGUCCUGUUCGAUUCCGGAGGGGAUGGUGUGCAAAGCGGCCAGAACGACUCAUUUAACCCUCCUGAGAUGGCACUGCCAGCAGAAAAGGCUUCCGCAGAGAUGCUCCUGGAUCCACAUCCAGUACCCGGUCAUCUCCGAGUGCAAAUGCUCCUGUCCCAACUGAGGACCGGCUCGGUUCGGUUCGGUUCUGCACUGACAGCUGCAGGGAGCUGAACGCUUGCUCCGCGAACUGCCCCCAAAUCUCCGAGGAGAAUCAUUUUCAUCUUGUUGCAGCAGAUGUUCAUCGUGUUAUUUCAGGAAUAAACUUUAUAAAUGAUUUAUACUCAAAGCUCUUCUGGAUUAAUACAAAUCACGUGGCUGUAUUUUAUUUAUAAAUCUGAAUUAAACUUCAGUUUACAGGUCGAUCAUUUGGUGCAAAAAAGAAAAAGUUCAGGUUGAGACUUGGAAUGGAUUCCCAGUGUUGGAUGCUGGAUGCUGAAGUGAACUCUGGAUUUGAUUCUACGCAUAUGAGCGAAAAUGGGUUGAAAUCGAUCUGUUCCUGCACUGUGGGAUCAGAGGAUGAUCAGAAACAAUCUAGCAUCAGGCUAGAUGUUCUGUUUAUUGUUCUGACGUUCUGCCAUUCUUCAUUCAUUUACAAAAAAAAAAAA